AUGUUGAAUUCACAUUUGGGAGGAUGUGGGGAUAAUUAUAAAUGGACCCAAACUGAAGAAGAAAUUAUGUGUGAGAUUAGAAUGUAUGAAUUAAUACAAUUAUUUGGAAUUCAUAUAGAUUUAAAUAAAGAUAACAAAGAUAUUCAAUCAAUUAAGAGUUCUUUGAAAAUCAUAAUUGAUAUGAAAAAUAUUAAAAUUUUAUUGAAAGAAGUGUGUGUAUUUGCGAGAGAAUUUAGUUCUUAUAUAGAUUCAGAAACGGCUACUUGGUAUUUUGAUGAGUACAAAGAUGGUGAGCCACAAGAUAAAAAAGUCAUGUUGGUGAUACUAGUAGAGAAGAAAAGGAAAGGCUGGUGGGAUUCUUGUUUUUUAGGAGAAUCAAAAGUAGAUUUGUCGGAGGUUCAAGGAAAAAAGAAUUUUAGAGACUGUGAUGAACGUACAAAAUCUGAGAUACUUAAAUUAAUUAACAGUAAUAAUAAUAAUAAUAAUAACAAUACCAAUAGCCAUUACAAUGUUAAAAACAAAGACAAUAAUAUUGAAGAUAAUCUUGAUAUUCAUGAGGUUCUAAAACAAUCAUGGAAUAAAGAAAAUUCACCAUUUCAAGGAAUAGAAUAUGAUCCAAACUUGGUACAAAAGUUGGUUAGUAAUAGUAUUAAUCAAACUAUAUAA